GGGUGCAGUACGGAAGGGGCGCCGCGGCACAGCAUCCCUGACAUGGCGUCUGCGCGGGAGGAGGGAGUGAUGCAGAGAUAACAUUUCUAGGCACCAUAAAUGACUGCCUAGAGGAGCAGCUACUCCUGGAACCCACAGGGAGAGAGACAAUUCUAGAUUUAGUCCUAAGUGAAGCACAGGAUCUGAUCCAAGAGCUAGAGAAAGAUUUGGAAGAGGUGAAAGAGCUCCUGAAAAAAGCCACAAGAAAAAGAACUCAUGAUGUCUUGAUGGCAGAAAAGUACAAGCUAGAGAUGGAAAUCAAGAACCAGCCACCACCCAAGCUAAAAGAAGACACUACAGAGGAAGAGAAACCACCAGCUGGGGGAUACACAGUGAAAAUCAACAGUUAUGGUUGGGAUCAGUCGGAUAAGUUUGUGAAGAUUUACAUCACUUUAAAUGGAGUGCAGCAGCUUCCAGCUGAGAAUGUGCAGGUCCACUUUACAGAGAGGUCAUUUGAUCUGCUAGUAAAGAAUCUGAAUGGGAAGAAUUACUCCAUGACAUUCAAUAACCUUCUGAAACCCAUCUCUGUGGAAGGCAGCUCAAGGAAGAUCAAGACGGAUAUGAUCCUUGUAUUAUGUAGGAAGAAACGGGAGGAAAAAUGGGAUUGCCUGACUCAGGUGGAAAAAGAGAGCAAGGAGAAAGAGAAAGCCUCCUAUGACACCUCAGACCCUGGUGAGGGGCUGAUGAACCUUCUGAAAAAGAUGUAUGCAGAGGGAGAUGAUGAAAUGAAAAGAACCAUUAACAAGGCCUGGGUUGAAAGCCGAGAGAAACAAGGCAAAGGGGAUAUGCCGUUAGAUAUUUGAAACUACUCCAAAGGCUGCCUUGACAUGGACCUUCCAUAUGGGACUUUUGCUGUGCUGCAGAGAUCAGUUCUACAAGUGCAUUGUUUACACAACCUUCUUCCAAGCAAAGACACUUACCUGUUUUCCGUUUCAGGUUGGAGAAAAUAUUUAAAUAAAAUAAACUUAUAAACAUUU